AGUCAAGAUUUGGGGCCUGGGCAUGCACAGCCCUGGUCUGGAGGAAGAGCAGAACCUACCCCUGGAGCCCUGGGCCAACAGGCCAUGGCCUCAGCCCUGCGCUCCACAGACCCUCCCACUCUCUCCGCCGGGCCUUGCCUUCCAGAACCCAGUCAUCAGCCAGUUCUUCCCAACCCUCCUCCUCUGGUCCUUCUCAGCCCUGCUCCCCACCAUAGUCUACUACUCGACGCUGCUGGAGUCGCACUGGACCAAGUCGGGGGAAAACUGGAACACGAUGACCAAGGUCUACAUAUUCUUGAUCUUCAUGGUGCUGAUCCUGCCCUCCCUUGGCCUUACCAGCCUGGAUUUUUUCUUCCGGUGGCUCUUUGACAACACUUCCUCGGAGGGCUCGAUAAGGUUGGAGUGUGUCUUCCUGCCGGACCAGGGCGCCUUCUUCGUGAACUAUGUGAUCGCCUCAGCCUUCAUCGGCAGUGGCAUGGAGCUGCUGCGGCUGCCGGGCCUCAUCCUCUACACCUGCCGCAUGGUCAUGGCCAGGACAGCGGCUGAGCGCAGGAAUGUCGAGCAGGUGGCGCCUCCGACUCCCUCCAGCCUCCUAGUUCUCUCACCUCCACCUGGCUCGGCUUUUCCCACCCUUGGUUCUCACACCUGGACCAGGGCCACCUCUGCUAGCAGCUUCUCCACAACCCAGAACCAGGCCUACGAGUUCGAGUUUGGAGCCAUGUACGCCUGGAUGCUCUGCGUCUUCACCGUCAUCAUGGCCUACAGCAUCACCUGCCCCAUUAUCGUGCCAUUCGCCGAGCCACACCCUCCCAGGGAAGGCGCCCUGGUGCCUCAGCCGGCAGCCACCCACUCGGGCCCCACCUUCGCAGGCCUCAUCUACAUCCUGCUCAAGCACAUGGUGGACCGGCACAACCUCUGCUUCGUCUAUCUCCCGGCCAAGCUGGAGAAGAGGCUGCACUUCUCUGCCGUGAGCCAGGCCCUGGCUGCACCCAUCCUCUGCCUCUUCUGGCUCUUCUUCUUCUCCUUCCUUCGCCUGGGUCUGCAGGCCCCUGCCACCCUGUUCACCCUCCUGGCCGUGCUGCUUACCAUCCUGGUCUGCCUGGCCCAUGCCUGCUUUGGCUGCUUCCGGCACCUCAGCCCUCUCCACUACCAGACAGAAGAAUCUGCAAGCCAGGAAGGGAGUGAGGCAGAAGCCCAGGAGCCUCCACCACUCACAGGCUGGUAGAUAAGUGUGCCUUAAAUCUCAAAGGAAGCUUUGGACUUGGACUUUUCGGCAGUGCUGAAACUGUGAAGACUUUGGUGACUCUUAAAGACGGACUAAAUGCCUUUUGCAUAAAGGGAUGUGCGUGAGUCUUUGGUGGGCCAAGGGCAGAAUGUUAUGGCUGUGUCCAGAUGUCCCUCCAAAGCCUCAUGCAGUCACAGUAGGGCUUCUCAGAGGUGGCUUGAUCUAGAGUGUGUGACACUGGGAUUGGUUCAUGGGAUGGCAGUGCUACCCCUCUAAGGGUGAGUAGCCUGGCCAGGAUAUGAGGGACAGAAAUGGGCUUGUUGCUUGUUGCUUGUUGCUUUCUGCCCUCCAUGGACUGUUUCUCCUCUACAAUGCCCCUCUGCCAUGCCACUCUGC